CAGGAUAUCGGCGCAUCGUGAACGUUGACACCUCCGCUGUGGUCAUCAAGCAGAUGGCUGAUCGGAACAGAGAGCUUCGACCAGAGUUGCAGUGGCUCGUGGCGGACGUCACUCGCAUGACGGAGUUCGCCGACGAGAGUUUCGAUGCCGUGCUGGACAAGAGCGUGCUCGACACGAUGGCCUGCGGCGAGAACGCCCCUGCGGUCAUCGACGCGUACCUGAGGCAGGUCCUCAGAGUCUUGCGGCCAGACGGCGUUAUGCUCUGCGUGAGCUACUCCGCCCCUGCGUCGAGGAGGGAGUACUUCAGGCAGCCGCACCUCCAGUUUACCCUCAAGGAGGUGCUGAUACCUCCGAGGGACACCGCUGCCUCCAAGCACUACGCGUACGUGCUCCGCAAGGCAUCAGAAAGUACGACGCCAGAGUGCGCGCUGCGCAGUGGCAGUGCUGGUACAUGGGCUCUGAUCUCUGCGCGAGGACAGGCGACAUGUUCAGGGCUUUGCUGUGAAUAUCUGGGCGUUGCAUCUCAUCUUCACGUAGUGUUCUCACUGACUGUUGCGUCGCAUCUUCACGUAGUGUUCUCAUUGGCUGCGUCAAGAGCAUUCUACAAUCCUUGUGAGCCGCCAUGAUCGUUCUAGGAGCCAUAUGCCUUGAACCUUCUAGACCUUCGACAUUGUUGUGGCUCCUUCUAAGAAGGGCCCUCAAGAGCACCCGAGAUCCCUUGCGUAGCAUCCUCAGUGGCUGUUGCUCGUCGCGCGCUCUCGGCGACGCUGCCUUGCCCAGAUAACAGUGAUUUUUUGCUUGGACGCUUGGCGGCCACAUAGCGGCGAAUAAGGUGUGAUCGGUGGACGGUUGGCGCGGGGCGUCAGCCGCAUCUGCCGCUAGUCGGUUGCCGCUAUUUGACUCUACUUGCCGCCAAUCCGCCAGCAUCUGAACCAAGAUCGGCUGCCAUAAGCACGAGCGUAAAUCGCGCGCGCCGCCAGCCGCUUUUCUGUCGGAUUCUGCAAGACCUCCCCGUCUCCGAGGUCGCCUGACCUGGCCGGGCGGCCGGAGCGCGGGCGCACGGCCUCGGUCGCGGCGCGCGCGGCGCCCGCGGCGGCCUCCCCCCGCGGGGGGCAAAGACCAGACACGCAGCCCUGCAGCCGCCGCUCGGGGCCGAGCCGGCCCUGGGGCGGGAAGGGAGGAAUGACAGCGC